AUGACCAAUGCUGUGUUACUCUGCUGUCACCCACCGGACUCCAUUCCAUUUCAACUUUCUAAUGCAUUUCAAAUCCGUCGCCCUUCACUGGGUCCUUGUGAGCCUUUAUAUGAGGUUGAGCUUCUUGAUAGAAUGUUCCAAGGAACGGACAAUGCAGUCUGCCAUGGAAGGAUUAGUCUCCCAACUUGUCAAGAAUAUCUUUGGGAAGCCAAACAUUCUGAUAAAGUCUUCAAAUCGGAAGGUGGUCCAGACUCUUGUCUGCAAAAUGCUGGUUUAGAAAGCCACUCCCCAGGUGUCUAUAAAGAAUACUGUGGUGCUGAGAUGUCAGAUUUGUCUUGUGAGAGCACUCCAAGGCUUGGAUACAAGAAUAACCGCAGUUCUCUUUUGCUUGAUCAUAUGUCAGUACAAGAACGACAAUUGGUCUUUAGGAACAUGUUCAGAUAUGAAACACCAGUAAUAGACAAGCAGUGGCCAAAGCACAGUAUUUCACCUGGUUUGCAGAAUUUUUUUGAGUUAGAAAGUGGUUCAAACCUCGCAGAAUGUGGUCUAAUGACCAAAAAAGAUGAAGGAAAAACUGUUCUCUCGUCUAGCAUUGAGUUCUUUGGAAAGGAUAAUGGCACUAUCAAAGGAUCACUAAGUGAUGAAGGUAUGUCCAGAGAUCUGCAGGUAAAAUGGAAGAAGCUUGCUGACCUUGAAUCUUUGAAGACCUCAAAUUCUAGGGUUUGUGAAAUUGAACUGUGCUCGUCAGAUGAAAGGGAUAAAGCAGGAGCAUUUGUCAUGCAAAAGAGAUCACGAAGGCCUCCCAGGAGAUACAUUGAAGAAUUAGCAGAGUCUAAAUCAAAGUUUUAUAGUAGAAAAUGUGGAGUGGCUUGUAAGAGGUCCAAGAACAGCUUUCUGCAUGUUAGAUCUGACAAAAAUAAUAGGCAGAAGGAGACUCAGGAAGAAACAUUGCUUUGUCAAGAUAAAUCUUAUGAAGUAGGUUGUAUUCAAGUUCCAUUUGGCCUUCCAAUGGAAGCAGGCCAGUUAGAGGAACAUAACUCAUCUCUGAACUGUGAGGAUUGCAAGGACCACAGACUCCUAAGAUCCAGUGAGAAACUUGAGAUUGAGUAUUCUCCAGCAAAAUCGCAAGAGGAGAUUUCUGAUGAUGAGUGUGUCUUGAGGAGAAGUACUCAAAAAGGUAGCAAACAGAUAAAGCAUUAUACAUCUUGGACUUCUUCUGAAGUGAUGAAGUUAAUUGAAGGUGUUUCUCAGUGUGGAGUUGGAAGAUGGAGUGCAAUGAAGAGAUUACUGUUUUCUUCAUGUUCACAUCGCACAGCUGUUGAUAUUAAGGACAAAUGGCGUAAUUUUUUAAAAGCUAGCUGCACUCAGUUGCAGAAAGAGAGAAAGAUUAAGAGAGAUAUAAGCAAGCAAGCAUCCAAUCAUGUCCCGGAAUCUGUUUUGCAGUGCGUUAGGGAGUUGGCCGUCAUUUAUCCGUAUCCAAGGCGAAAAAGUACGGGUUACCAACUUGGCAAUUAA